GGGCAGAGCUGUCCCAUUCCCCAGCACCCCUUCUCUCUAGGGAAAACUGGACAGAAAAAGGCAUUUGCUAGAGAAGGAACCGUGCCAGCUCCUGGCCCCUCCUUUCCGCCUCAGUCCUUGUCCACAGCUCCCAGCUUCGGCCUCCCUGUCUCUCCGGGCAUGUGUGGACUGAGAGUCCAGGCGGUGUCCGAGGGCGGGCUUCGAGGCUGCACCAUGCGGGGCACCGUGCUCCUGCUGCUAGUCUACCUGGCUUACCUGGCGCUGGGCACGGCCGUGUUCUGGGCACUGGAGAGCCCCGCGGCGCAGAACUCCAGCCAGAGCUUCCAGCAAGAGAAGUGGGCGAUGCUGCGGAACUUCACGUGUCUGGACCGCCCGGCGCUGGACUCGCUGAUACGGAGCAUCGUGCAAGCGUACAAAAGCGGGGCCAUCCUCCUCGGCAACACCACCAGCAUGGGGCGCUGGGAGCUCGUGGGCUCCUUCUUCUUUUCUGUGUCCACCAUCACCACCAUCGGCUACGGCAACCUGAGUCCUCGCACAGUGGCCGCCCGCCUCUUCUGCAUCUUCUUUGCUCUCGUGGGGAUCCCCCUUAACCUCGUGGUGCUCAACCGACUGGCCCAUCUCAUGCAGCGAGGGGUGCACCGUUGUGCCUGCAGGCUGGGGGGCACCUGGCAGGACCCAGCCAAGGCCUGGUGGCUGGCGGGCUCCGGUGCCCUCCUCUCGGGCCUCCUGCUUUUCCUGCUGCUGCCCCCACUGCUCUUCUCCCACAUGGAGGGCUGGAGCUACAUGGAGAGCUUCUACUUCGCCUUCAUCACCCUCAGCACUGUGGGCUUCGGUGACUACGUGAUUGGGAUGAACAACAACCGGUGGUACCCACUGUGGUACAAAAACAUGGUGUCCCUGUGGAUCCUCUUUGGGAUGGCGUGGCUGGCCUUGAUCAUCAAACUGAUCCUCUCGCUGCUGGAGACCCCAGGGAAGCUGUGUUCCUGCUGCCACCAUGACUUUAAGAGAGACUUCAAGCCCCGAGGCUGGAGGCAGGGCCCAGAAGGGAAACCAGGGCCCCCUGCCUCCCAGCAAGACUGCCAUCCUGAGGAGCCUGUGGAAAUCACACCACAUCCAGAACCCUCAACCCAGGCCACAUGCCAUGACAAGGACAGCUAGUUAUACUCCAAUAUUUGUUCCCUCUUCUUCCUCAGUAAUAAGACCCCUGAUUUUAAGCUUGGCCCAUGGUUACCCAGACUGAAGCCUACAUUUUCCAUCCUCCCUCGAGGCUAGGUACCACUAUAUGACCAUCUCCUGCCUGACAGGAUAUAAAGGGAAGUAUCCUGUGUGACAUCUGGGAUGUGACCUUCUGUGGAGGUGGAGGGAGUAUAUCCUUCUCCCCCACUUCCUCCUUCUAGUUGGCUGCAAUGCUGAUAUGGUUGCUGGAGCUCUGGCAGCCAUGUUGCACCAUGAGGUAGAGGUCAUGUUUGAAAUUGGUAGCAUAAUAAGACAGAAAAAACCUGGGUCCCUGAUGAUCAUGGAGCCACCAUAACAAACCUGUAUUUAACCCCAACAGACUUCAUUUAUGUGAGAGAGGAAUAAA